GCAAAAAGCGCAAAGGAAAUGAUGGCGAUCACCUGAUCCCGAUCGACCAUGUGGUUGAUUUGACCGGGCCGGAGGUCGAGCCCAAAAGAUCGGUGCCUGCCAACAAACCAACUCUGGUUCUUACUGCCACACCGAUUGAUGAUCGGAUGUUUGUUGAAUUUUCAAAUAUGGGGCCCAGAUCAGAAGGGAGGUAUCUGUUCGGGCUGAUGCCAUCUUCUAUGUGGUGUCAUACUGCGAUCAAAGUUCCCCCGAGCUUCACCAACUUGACUCACUGGUCGGACCUUUUCGAAGCAUGUCACCAGGAAGCACUCAAGGCUGGCGUGUAUUAUCACAAGGCCUUUCUUGCUGCUGAGAAGGAGAUGAAAGCCCUGGCCAGCGAUCGGGAUGACAGCCAGGUCCUCCUUUCCGCCGCUCGGAAGUUAGCGACCGACCUCCAAGAGCAGGCCAAAGAGGGUGAGAAGGCAAAAGCUGCUCUGGCCGAGAUGCAGGAGAUGUCCUGUCGUCGCGACCGGGAGCUUAAAGAACUCCGGGCCAAGGUGCGGGCUGCUGAAUCUGCUGGCAUUAAAUUUGAUAAGGCUGUUGGAGAUCAUCUGCCCGAACCCUACACGGUUAAUACUUCUCAGAUUGCUCAGCGAUCGGUAGUGGAUUUUCAACGGGGCAAGGCGCUGAACGUCGCUCUGGAGAACACGGCCCGGCAAUUCCUAGGUCCUCAUCUUGGCCAAUUUUUGCGUGAGAGCUCAGAUCCUAUCAAGGCAGGGAUCGACCUCCUGGACAGCACGCCGGAAGGGAAAUCUUUCUUGGAUGUCCUGACCGAGAAAACCGUAAAGCAAAGUCAGGACCUGCUUCUGGACAGGAAUCUUGAACUGAUCUUAGAGCGUUUCCCCAAGCCGUUCGAUCCUGAUGAAUUAGGCUUCGAUGAUCUGUUCGGGAAUACGUACGAUCGCGUCAUGGAGAAAAGAUCCAAAGCAGCGCCUGACGAUGCAGUGCAGGCAGGGAGCUCUCAGCCUACAUCCUCCCCGAACGGCGAUCCUCCAGUAGUGUAGCCUUCUUUCCUUAUCUGUUGUCUCUUUUCUUGUAUAUCCGUUCUUCUUGUACAUUCCGGCUAGUAAUGCCGAAGAAUAAACUGGACUUUUUUCCUU